GCCACCGACAGGGGGCGAGCGUGUCGCCUCUGCCUUCCUUUAGCCUCAACGGUGGCGGCCCUGCUUCGCUUCCUGCUCCGCCGCUAGCGGGUAGCUUGCGCGGCGCGGCCGCUGAGGGGACGGGAGGAGGCUGCGAGACGUGGCCGUGCUGGCGGCCGCACAGCCCAGAUCACAUUUUUCCUGAAGUAAUGCCAAGAAUUUAUGGACAAACUUGGUUUCUGCCAAAGGUGGCUAUUUUUCAUGUAAGAGUGUCAUUAGCUGGCUGAAAACUAAACAUGAGAAUAGCAGGUGCUGCAAAGUUGGUAGUGGUCGUAGCAAUAUUUUUAUUCACGUUUUAUGUCAUCUCUCAAGUGUUUGAAAUAAAAAUGGAUACAAACUUAGGACACAUAUUUGCCAGAUCAGCACUGGAUGCAGCUGCACGCUCUACAAAACCUCCAAGAUACAAAUGUGGCAUCUCUAAAGCUUGUCCUGAAAAGCAUUUUGCAUUCAAAAUGUCAAGUGGAGCAGCAAAUGUAGUUGGACCUAAAAUUUGUGUAGAAGAUAAUAUUUUAAUGAGUGGAGUUAAAAAUAAUGUUGGCAGAGGAAUAAAUGUGGCCUUGGUCAAUGGUAAAACAGGAGAGCCAUUAGACACUAAAUUCUUUGACAUGUGGGGAGGAGAUGUGGCACCAUUGAUUGAAUUUCUGAAGUCCAUCCAGGACGGAACUAUAGUGUUAAUGGGAACAUAUGAUGAUGGUGCAACCAAGCUUAAUGAGGAAGCACGGAAACUGAUUGCUGAAUUAGGAAGCACAUCUAUUACUAACCUGGGCUUUAGAGAUAACUGGGUCUUCUGUGGUGGAAAAGGAAUUAAGACUAAAAGCCCUUUUGAACAGCAUAUAAAGAACAACAAGGACACAAACAAGUACGAAGGCUGGCCAGAAGUUGUUGAGAUGGAAGGAUGCAUCCCUCAAAAGCAAGACUAAAUGGAAAAAACAAGAAAGGAGAAAGAAUAUGGAAGAAAAUGCACUUUCUGGUAUUAUUAAGGAGAGGGCUAUGAAGGAGACUGUACUGUAAAUAGUAUUUUUAAAGCAUGCAACCAUCUUGUCGGUGUGUGCAUGAGCACUGACAUUUUGAAUAUUGGGAUUAUUUAUUGCUAACACACAUAGAAAUCCUUUUUGUAAAUAUGUCCAAAAUAAAAUGAACAUCGAAUUAUUUCUAUGCAGGUUUCUUAAAAGCACAGUAUUUAGUUUGCCUGUGGUAUAGAAUAUCUUGUAGAUCAACUGGCUGAUAAAUUGCAUAUGCAGAUAAUAAACAGAUCCUGACAAAUAUUGUACUGUCCUCUUAACAGCAUAACAUUGCUGUAUGUAACCUUUGUGAAAUAUUGUAGAUUUUAGUGAUAAGUUAAUAAAGAACUUUAAUUUUUUUUUAUCCUCUGCCUUUUUAAUGGCAACAUCACUUUUUAUUAAAACUCUUUGGUUAUUCUAAUGCCAAGUGCUUCAGAAGUUUAUUUUGUGGACCCUUAUCAGAAUGGAGUAACCAGCAGAGGAAGAGUACAUGAUACUGUAACACAAAUAUGCCACAAGAAGCACAAUAAGACAUUAUUUUUAUUAGGAGGAGAGACAAAGUAAAUAUAUAAAUAGUAUGUGGGAUAUUUCAAAGCAAAGGAUCUGUACUUAACUUGAAAAUACUGUUUACUUUGUAGAAGAGACUGGCAUAUUAAAUAGCAGUACUGUGGUUAACUUGUUCCAUCUUUAUUGCAGUUCUUGUACUGCUCCUUAACAAUCAAUUCUCCAUGUGGCUGUUCAGCUGUAGUAGCUAGUCACGUACUAAGUGUGCAUAAUGGAGUAGCUUCCUCUUUUAAUUCUAACAUUUGGGAAUAAAUUUUUCCCAUCCUGAGGAGCUUGUUAGCAAGCAGUCUGCCUUCUAGAGAGUAGUUGUUUCGGAAGAUACAAUUAGGCAACCUUUGCCACUUGGGUUGCUUCUAAUAGGAGCUGAGGCAAUUGACUUACAGCGAGAUGUUAAGAGAUGUUUGGUUAUGCAAUGUGUAACAUUUAACUGACAAUGUUUCCUUCAUUCUGGUUUGUUUGGGUUCUUUUUGUGUUGGGUUGUUUGUUGUUGUUGGGUUUUUUGAAUAGGAAAAUGGACCAAGUUGAAGUGGCCUUGUAUUAGAGCUCUAAGAAAACAUUGCUUUCUUUGGAAACUUGUUUGGGUUUUUUUUUUUUCAGUAGGGUCAGCUUGAAGUUUUGCUAAAGUUAAGUUAGUGAUGAUAUAACUGAUGAUGUUGGUAUUUACCAGAUAAGGGCUGACAUGAGUUCUGUUACAAUCUUCAAAACCUUCCAGCUAGUACUAUGGUGCAGAAGCCACAGAAGAUUUCUCAGGAACCUACAGCAUGAACUGGAUGCAGUGGCACUCAGAACAUUCUUAUUGUUGAUGUCUCCUGAGACAAAUUUAAUUCUGUACGCUCAAAUUUUCAAGCAAUAUCAAGAAUUGCCUCGUAAGACCUGUGGUACCAGAGUAAGACUGGAUUCUGAGUUGUGCUGUAUGUUUAUUUAGCUUGACAAAUAAUGUGAUUUCCCCCUCAAGUUUAAUGUAGAACAGCAAUAAAUGCACCUUAUUCAGUGGAA